UGCAGAAUCGCAUCUCCGGACAAUGCUUAGGAACAGAGUCUCUUCACGCUUCAUUUCCUGCCGUCUCGUUUUUACAUACAAUCUUGCAGAUACUGAUCACACACGACCGAAGCAACAGGAACACCAACCUCUGAGAGAAACGCUCUUGUCUCUCUUGAGAAAAUGCUCAUCUACCAAACAGUUGCAACAAAUACACGUCCAAAUGCUCGUCAACUCCAUACGCAAACCUAAUUUCCUUCUCUCCAAAAUCAUCGACCUCAAGGACUUCUCCUAUGCCUCCCUUCUCUUCUCCCACAUCCCCCAUCCCAACGACUACGCUUUCAAUGUCAUGAUCCGUGGCCUCACCAACACAUGGCAUGACUACUCUCUUGCUCUUCAAUUCUAUUACCAAAUGAAGUUUUUGGGCCUAAAGCCGAAUAAUUUUACGUACCCCUUUUUGUUCAUUGCAUGUGCGAAUAUUUUAGCGUUGAAUCAUGGCCGGACUGCACACUCUUCCAUAUUUAAAUUUGGAUUGGAUGGUGACGACCACACAUAUCAUUCGUUGCUGACAAUGUAUUCGCGGUGUGGUCAACUGGAUUGUGCUCGGAAAGUGUUCGACGAAAUUACUGUGAAGGACUUGGUUUCCUGGAACUCGAUGUUAUCAGGGUACUCAAAGAUGGGAUAUGCUGCGGAUGCAGUGGGGCUGUUUCGAGAAAUGAUGGAAGUGGGCUUUGAGCCAGAUGAAAUGACUUUAGUGAGUGUUCUUGGGGCAUGUAAGGACCUAGGAGAUUUGAGUUUGGGGAGGUGGGUUGAGCGGUUUGUUGAGGAGAAUAAGAUAGAGUUGAACUGUUAUGUGGGUUCUGCAUUAAUUGAUAUGUAUGGGAAGUGCGGGGAUUUGUUGGCAGCAAGGAGGGUCUUUGAUGGUAUGGUGAAGAAAGAUGUCAUCGCCUGGAAUGCCAUGAUUACGGGAUAUUCACAAAAUGGAAUGUCAGAUGAAGCAAUCAGGCUAUUUAAUCGCAUGAGAGACGCAGGUGUUAAUCCAGAUAAAAUCACAUUGGUCGGAGUGCUGUCUUCUUGUGCCUCAAUUGGGGCCCUUGACGUAGGGAAAUGGGUCAAUACAUAUGCAUCAGAAAGAGGCUUGCAGCAUGACAUAUAUGUUGCUACUGCAUUAGUUGAUAUGUAUGCAAAGUGCGGGAGUUUAGACAAUGCACGAAGAGUUUUUGAAGGCAUUCCCCUGAAAAAUGACGUAUCUUGGAAUGUCAUGAUUUCUGCACUUGCUUUUCAUGGCCAAGCACAGGAAGCCCUAUCAUUAUUUGAGCGCAUGUCAAAGGAGGGAGGGGUUGUCCACCCAAAUGACAUCACAUUUGUUGGAGUGCUUUCUGCAUGCGUCCACGUAGGAUUGAUUGAUGAGGGCCGUAGAUUGUUUGAUAUGAUGAGCUCUUCUUUUGGUUUGGUCCCAAAAGUUGAGCAUUACUCUUGCAUGGUUGACCUUUUAGCACGUGCGGGCCAUCUCUAUGAAGCUUGGGACUUCGUUGAGAAGAUGCCUGAAAAACCUGAUGAAGUUGUAUUGGGGGCUUUGCUUGGUGCCUGCCAGAAGUGCAGAAACAUAGAUGUUAGUGAGCGGGUUAUGCAGCGGCUGCUGGAGCUGGAGCCGUCAAAUUCUGGAAAUUAUGUUAUCUCAUCAAAAAUUUUUGCAAACUUGAAAAGGUGGGAUGAUUCAGCAAGGAUGAGAUUGUUGAUGAGACAUAGGGGUGUAAAUAAGACUCCUGGCUGUAGCUGGAUUGAGAUUGAGACCCAACUUUAUGAAUUUCAUGCUGGUGAUAUCUUGCUCCAUGAUUCAGCCAAGCUUUAUGAAGUACUUGGUCUGCUCUACGAGGAGCUGUGGAGGGAAGGUUACAUUCCAAAGAUUGAUGAAUCUGCCACACAGGGGGUUGAAGAGGCAAGGAUUGGAGGCAAUAUGGCAGCGGCUUGAUUAUUGCAAAAUAAUGGAGUAGGAAUCAGAACCAGAAGACCAAUCUGCUUAAAAAAUUUGGUAACCAUGUUAGCUCAAUAGAAGUGCAAGUUGUUUUUGUACUCAACUUCUAUACUAGAUUGCACUAUUAUAAUUUGUUUCUUACUCUUCCACUAACCAAAUGACCACUUGUAAGGUUAUAGUACCUUGGAGUAAAUCUUCCAUUUGAAGAGGAGCGUGCUCAAUCACCAUAGGUAAAGCCUUCCACUCUAAGGUGCACAUUCCGCCUACACAAUAGUCUCAGACCAGGGUCUUGUUUAACUUGCAUUGUAUGCAUGUUAUUCCUUAUGGAUUGCUUACAUAAUUUCCUCUGUUUGGUACAGCAGCUUGCACAUGUUCUCUGUAAAUGAGUUGAUCUUUCUUUGUAAAACAAAUUAUAGAAUCUAGAAGGAAGAAGUUUUCUUCAGUGCUCAAUAGCAAGGUCUGCUUGCUGAUGUGCGCCUAUAAAACUUUCUUCGGUGUUGCUCUAUUUCUCUUUAGUUUGCUUUGGAUUAUCUCAAACUCGUGUAAAUCUUGCAUGAUUUCUUUGAUCCUGUUUUAAUCUUCACCAAUCCUUCACCAGUCCUCAAUAUUCUUGGAUUUCUAUGAUUGUAUUGCUCAAUUUUUCUUUUCAAUUUUAUUUUUUCUUCACAGAUUCUUUCAUUUCUGCAUCAUUGAUUCUCUAACUUUCUUUUAACUUUUUUUUUUCUAUUCAAUUCAUCUCUACUUUUCUUUUUCAUUUGUUUCCCUGAUUUCCCGUUUCUUUGAAUUUGAAUUAACCCUCCUGUUCUCCAUGCAUGGUUCUAGUGAAUCAUUUGCUACGGUUUUCCUGGAGAAAUGAUGAAAAAAGAUAGGACUUAAGGCUUAACUUUUGUUGUCAGUUUCUUCUUGGGUGAGGCUCUGGCUCACCUAUCCAUUCUGGAAGGGUUUCCCAGCGAGGAAAACUGAUGACUCACGAGUGAAGAACAGGGAAAAACUCAAGUGACAAUCGUGCUAUAGGAGUGCAAAGAGUUUGAGAAGCAGAUCUGCAAGUCAAGUGGAUCACACGACGAGAAUUAUGGAAUAUAAUUCUCUAGACAUAACAUCGAAUUGAACAAUGUAUGCCAUCUGUGGAAGUCGAGGAACAUGCAUGGUUCAAUCCUUUCAAGGGCGGUAUCUGAAGGAGAAAUGGAGCCAGCCAACUCCUGUGAAGAGUGGCAAACUUCACAGGAUGUCACAUCAACCGGAUUAUCCUAUAAUGAGAAAUAAACGUUUCUUCAAAUCUUCUCUGAGUUCUUUCAUGAUGUUACUGGUAAUUCUUCUGAUACUUUCUUUUAACUAUGCUCCAAAGAAUAUAGAAAACAAAGAAACUACAUCCAUUGUUUUAUGCAUUAUGCUAAAGUCCCUCGCCAUUCUUGGAUGGUAAGAGGUAUUUAUUGUGGAA